UAGUCUUGUGUUAGCCAUAGCCGUAACAGCGUUUGUCGUCGCAACAAACAAGUUGCUGUUGUUUUUUGAAGCUCAGUUUAUUGUUAAAUGUCAUGAACGAGUUAUAGUUAAAAUAUUUUUCGAAUAAACAAAACGAGUAGAAUAAAUUGGUAUUUCCCUUAAAUAAAGUUCCUUUGAUUCAUUCGCGAGUAAUAAAAAUAAAAUCAAACAUAAAAAAAUUAUGAGGAAUCAAGGUAGGUUAUUGCCAUUCUCAGAGAUGCAAGUGAUGCUGAUGCUGUCGGCGGGUAUUAUCCUAAUUAUAACGACAUCAUUUCCAGCGAAUGCACAAAUUACAAGACUGUUCCCGGUUAAAAAUGAAAUUGCAUCAAGAGCUCUAUUUGAAGAUAAAAUUUCGAAUGAACCAUAUUCCGAAAAAGUUAUAUAUCCACCUCCUCCUGGUGUAACACGACCACCAUCCACAUUACCCGAAGAUCUUACAAGUACAACCACGAGUGUUCAAAGUGUAUCAUCUACAACACCUUCGGAAACACUUAUAACUAGAGAUGAAGAAAAAGUUCCAACCGAGUCAAGUAGCUCUAAAAUAACAAGACAAUCGGGUCAAGAAACACAACCUAAUGUGUUAAGUUCCCCGCCCAUCGAAGAAUUGGUUCUUCAAUCCAGGCCAUCAUUUGAUAUACCAUUGGUCUCUACCAAAGGUCCAGAAGAAAUAAAUAUAAAACAAUCAACAACAGAUGUCGCUGAUCUGUUUAAAAUCAAUGAAGAACCAAUUGCACCUGCGCAAUCGGCUCCAAUGUUACCAAUUGUUGAACAAUCAAGUACUUCAACUUUCACUGAAUCUACUCCAGUCAAAGAAGAAUCAUCAAUUGUGCCAGUGACAACAGAUGGACCUCUAAUCAAAGAGGAAAUAAAAACAACUCAAGCCGUCACAAGUGAUCAUAAGGAAACGACUUUGGGUUUAGACACAACAUCGUCAGAAUUAACAACACCACCAAGAACUCAACUUGCCGAUAUUGAAACAACACCAGCACCAAUUAAUGCAAUUCCAAAACCAUGUACGACUCCGAUCGGUAAAAAUGGUGAAUGCAAGAACAUACGCCAAUGUCCUUCCUUAGUAAAGCUAUUAAUGCGUCAGCCCUUAUUGGUGGAAAAUAAAUUAUACCUUCAGCGAAGCCAGUGCGGAUUUGAAGACCACAAUGUAAUGGCAUGCUGCCCUGACAAUGUCCCAGCUCCAAUAGUGUCUCCGAAAUGGUCUCUUUUGCCAAAGCCCCGAUUUUGUGGUAGUAUGCAAGAGAAUCGUCUCUAUGGUGGGCCCCAAACAGAAAUUGAUUCUUAUAGCUGGAUGGCUUUACUAGAAUAUAAUAAAGGUGAAAAUAAAGCCGAGUUCCACUGUGGCGGAGCCUUAAUUAGUGACCGUUACAUUGUUACCGCAGCCCACUGUGUUACAGACUUGCCUAAAAAUUGGUCCCUUAAAGGUGUUCGGCUAGGUGAAUGGGACAUAACCUCCACCUUAGACUGCUCAACAUUUAAUGACUUCAUAGAUUGCUCAGAUCCCCCAAUAAAUGUUACCAUCGAUGAAAUAAUCCCCCAUAAGGAUUAUUCGCCAACAUCCAUCAACAAACUCCAUGACAUCGCUCUCCUUCGUUUAUCAAUGCCAGUAAACACAACCGACUUCAUUCAACCAAUCUGUCUACCACAACUCGAUGAAGAUAACUUACAUGCGUUCGAUGAUCAAAGUUUAGACAUGGUCGGCUGGGGAGCUACAUUCGACGGAGCAUUGUUUAAUAAUAUCAAACAAAAAGCAACUGGUCAAGUUAUACAAUUGAAUAAGUGCCGUAGUAAAUAUGCAGAGAAUAAUAUAACUCUGGAGCAGUCGCAGUUUUGUGUUGAGGGACGAUUGAAGAACGAUACAUGUCGCAUUGACUCUGGUGGACCGGUGAUAAGCUUUGAUACAUCCAAUCGGGGAAUUGGAAAUUACUAUUUAGCUGGAAUUCAAUCGUUUGGACUGUCUUCGUGUUGGACCGGUGGCGAAGGAUUGCCUGUAGUCUAUACUAGAGUUGGAGAGUAUUUGGACUGGAUUUUAGACAAUAUUCGAGCUUAACUUAAUUAAUUAUUAAUUUUAAUUACAUGAAUAAACUUUUUUAAACCUUACCAAUUUUUUCUCGAGAAACAGUUUUUGAAACUUUAAGAUUUUAGUCUUACGCCAACCUUGAGUUUCUGACCUUCGAUAAAGUAAUUAACUUAUUACUUAUCCUUUAAAUAAAAAAACAUAAAAUUCAAUUUUGAAAUAUAACUAAAAAAUUAUGUUUGUUUUAUUGUUCUAGCAACAUUGAUUAACAAAUUAAAAGUAAAAACAAUCACACAGAACUUCAACUUCUGGGUUGGUCUGUUUUGGUUGCAUUAGAGAGAACCACAGAGAGUACAGUAAAUAGCUUAGUAAGUGUUCCCAAUAAGUAACUUACUAAUUUUGUUUUUAAAACUAUUAUUGACCGAACACAAGUAACUAAGUGUUUUUUUAGCUUGUUUUUGUUUUGAAGUUUUUUUU